CUUCUUGGGCCUUAGCCUGGAGUCAAAGAAAAAGACUAGUGUUCCUUUUUAACCUUUCAUUGUUCUCUCACUUUCUUUCUCACUUGCUGAAACACUGAAAUUUUAAAGUAGGGCAACUAAAAAUGAGCAGCACAGCGAUUCUCUCCAGAUUAUCAACUCUUCGGGGCAAAUGCAGAUCAAUUUCCCCCAUUUCUAACUUAUUCAAAUCAACCUCUUCUACUACUACAAAACGCAUUCCUCGUCCUUCAAGGUUACCUGUUGAGUCGAGCUGCUUACUCACAAUGUUGCCUUUGCACAGCGCAAUUGCUUCUGCUAGAUUACAGUCUGUUUUAUCUGUUGAUUCCCAGAGUUGGUGUUUAGUUCCUCAAGAAAUUAUAACCGCAUAUGCAACUAUAAAGAAAUCCCGAGGAAGAAACUUUUGUAAAGUGGAACUAAUGUUCGAUAGCAUCUAGACAAACCCAGUUCAACUUGGGGAUCAAUUUAUGCUGCUCUUUCUCUGCAUGGUUGUUCUAUCAUGAUCUGAUUUGACAAGAAAUAUUGUGACUAUGCAAUGUUGAUCACAUGAGGUAACGGAGAGUCGGAGAUCCUAUGGCACCUUUUGGUUAUAUGAGCAUCAAAUUCGAUUAUGUAUUUUAUUAGAUGACACUAGCAUUGUAUUAAUCGAGUAUCCACCUUGUACCACUUCGAUUUCUCCAAUAAUAGGAUCUCUUGUUUGGUAA